AGUUGGAACUGGAGCAGCUGAAUCGGAGUUGCGGCGGCGGGACCUCGUCCGUGCUGAGUACAAGAGAAGGACUAAAUAUGUUCAGAAAAGUCUUAAUCCUGAGUGGAAUCAAACAGUAAUUUAUAAAAGUAUCUCCAUGGAACAGCUCAAGAAGAAAACACUGGAGGUGACAGUCUGGGAUUAUGAUAGAUUUUCUUCCAAUGAUUUUCUUGGUGAGGUAUUGAUUGAUUUAUCUAGCACAUCUCACCUCGAUAACACGCUUAGGUGGUAUCCUCUCAAAGAACAGACUGAAAGCAUUGACCAUGGCAAGUCCCAUUCCAGUCAAAGCAGCCAGCAGUCCCCAAAGCCGUCUGUCAUCAAAAGCAGAAGCCAUGGUAUCUUCCCUGACCCAUCCAAGGACAUGCAGCUUCCCACCACUGAGAAAUCCCAUAGUAGUCCCGGUAGCUCGAAAUCCUCAUCCGAAGGCCACCUCUGCUCUCAUGGACCAUCUCGCAGUCAAAGCAAAACCAACGUCACUCAGACCCACCUGGAAGAUGCAAGGGCUGCUAUAGCUGCUGCCGAAGCCGCCGUGCAACAACUCCGCCUUCAACCAAGUAAUAGACGCAAAUAAAUUCCUCAGCAUGGCAGCUUAAUGUUCAUCUGUUGCCUUUCUUUCCUGCUGUCCUUCCCCAUUUGCUUUGUUUUGUGCAUUCCCUGCUCCCUCUGUUCUCUGUCCCUUUGUCUGUGUAGGAACAGUAUCGAUACAUAAAUAUGCUCUCUCUCAUUCAGUUCUUUUUUGUUUUAAUUUACAUAGAACGAAAUAAAACUGGCUGUUUCUCCUUUGUCUCCACCAUCCAUCCAACCUGGCUAAUAGUAUUUGGUAGCUGUGUCUGUGCUGUGUGCAGGCAAAACUAUGCUGUGUGUCCUUUUUGUGUGCACUUAAAUAUCCUUUAGAAUACAGGAAUUAUAAGCACAAGUGGCUGCCAGAUUUCCAGGCAUUACACCAAAAAAAGGCACACACAUAAGCAUUUUGAGCAGAUUAGCAAUGAGAGUCUCACCUCUGAAAAACACUAAAAAAUUUUAGGCAGAAGAGUCAUGUAACCAACAGUCAAGUUCUAGAACCUAGGGGAAAUGGAAAAACCAUUUUACGCUUAAAAUUUUUAAUAAAUUAUGCAUGUGAAAUAAUGAAGCUUUCCGUGUGAGAAACUUUCUAGUCUUUUGGAAAAAAAAAUCUGUAAAGAAAAUAAUGUUUCUUAUAUUCUCAAAAAAGUAUGUAGUAUUAAUAUAUGUCUAAGCAUAUUCAAUGAGGCCAUGUUACCUCAUUAAGGAGCACAGUUGGGUCCAUUCUGUUGGAUCACACUUUGUAUAUGAUACAAGAGAAUUUAUAGGGUUAUUCUUUUUUCUAACCAUUGGAAGUCAAGAUAUCAAUUAAAGCAUAACAAUUCACCCAUCUUAACUGCUGUAAUUUCAAUUGAUAGAAUUAUAUAAGAACUUAGUGAGUACAGAGACUUUAAAAAUGUAGGGGCACUGUUACUUCCAAGAGGCAUCAGCCAAACAACGGAGAUAGAUGAAUGUUCUCCCCAUCUCCCAAAGUCAUCAUUUCCAAAGAAACAGCCAGUUUUAACCCCCUUUAGUGCUGUGCAUGUGGUGUCAUUUUGGCAUUUGAAAACACAACUUACUUCGAUAGAGGAAAAGAUCACUUCUGUUUGCAUGAAUAACAUUCAAGCUGGUUCCAUCUGAGGAUACAUACUCUGGGUUUCCAUUUCACCCACACUACCACAGCAGCACAUAAAAGCGGUCAGUCUAAUCAUGCCAGGAAGCAGCACAGACACAGCAUAGCAGGAGUCCUCCCCAUUCAAAGAACUCAGUCUGAUAAUCUGCCUCCACCUGCUAAUGGCAACCAAGACCAAAGCCAGCUAGCCCUCAGGAAGGUGAUGUCUGAUGGACCAGUCAAGCCAGAAGGAGGUGAGCAGAAAGGCGCUAUUCAAAGCACACAGCAAGAACAUCUCCCAAAUUUAAAGCCCUCAUCUUUUAAUUUUUAGAGAUUGUCUGAUAAAGUAUGUUUAUCCACUUUUGAAUGUGCUUUUGUGGGCAUGGCAUUUCAGGACUUCAUCACCACUGUGUAAGUCCCAAGAUCAGUCCCAUAAUGUAUUGACUACAGUGAUUUGUAUUUUUCUAUGCACUGGGCAUCUUUUGACUUUUGUUGGGAAAUAGAUUAACAGUAUUCAUAUUGCAGAAUGGAACGCAUGCUACUGGCCUAAUCUGUUCAAGCAUGACUAUAAAUAUGUUGCACUGUGAUAAAAGUUUAAACUGCUCACAAUUCGAGUUAGCAUACCAGUUGGAAUGUAGAUCAGUUUUUCAAGUGUAACUUUAAAAAAAAAAUUCAGUGGAUUUUGAAAAUUCUUAGAGAAAGUAAAGGAAAAAA